AUGGCUGGUGGCUACACAUGUGCUAAAUGCCUCCACGGGCUUCGCCAGGGAGUUCGAGUACCCAAUGCGCCAGCUCGUCUCCAAAGCCUAGUUCACUCUCGUCAAAGAUGGGCCGUUUCCCCGGCAUGGACUCGCAGCUUUGGCUCCGGGCGUAACAACGGCCCACCUGGCAAAGCCCCCGAAGGCAUUCAAGCUGCUACUAAAUUGACACAGAGCACAAAAUCGUCACCUACAAAACCAUCACUUGCGAACCGAGCUGCUUCCUCUUCAUCCGGAGCCACCGUUGACCCGCGUCAGCUGGUGUUGAACCAGGAUAACCUCUUCCACUCUUUUUCCAACUCUCCCUCCCCCGCUAUUCGACAACGCGCAGACUCUAUCAAGCAGAAUGCCUUCUGUCCUCAUCCAAGCCACCAGCAGACCCGUCUCCCUGACUCGCCGCAUGACUCCGAAGCGCGAAAGACCGAAGAAAGCAACCUACCUCCGGCACACUCCCAUUUCGAAUGCCCCGACUGCGGUGUCCCAAUUUACUGCUCCGAAGGCCACUGGAUGGAUGACUUUGAGUCCCAUCUUGAGGUUUGCGAGACAAUUCAACAAAUCAACGAGGAUGACCACGACCUGCACUCCGGCCGUUACUUCCCCGAAUUCAACUACCCUGGUGUCCAGGAUGAUAACUUCGUUAUCAACAUGACAAAUUGGGAUACAUACCUUUACACUCGCGAGUUUGAGGCGAUCAACUCCGACCGUUCCAUGCGUCAGGUUACCCGCAUGCUCACCUUCCCGCAGACAAUUGCUAGUGUUCUGCAUGAACUCAGUCCAUACAGCGUGCGAGGAAAUAACCGGUUAACGGCCGAGGGGUUGAAGAGCGUUAGCGCUCUGCGAUACUCAUUGCACCCCCCUCGAACAGGUGAAGACGUUGACAUCAAAGGUCUCCGCGUCAAGGCGCCCCCAGUCCGAAUCUUCAUUCUCGGUGCCCGUGCUGAAUCCUCUCUCCCCCGUGACGUGUGGCUCCAGCUCCAAUACAUGUUCCCCCGCUCCUUGAUCCAUCUCGUCUUCAUCGGACCAGAGAGCAUGACAAACCGUGAUGCAGAGUAUCCGCUCCCAGAACGCACACCUGGUAAUCCAUUCGGAGGCAUUGUCGAAGAUCGCCUCGGUGGCCAAAUGAAGAUUACCACCUACGUCGACUACUUCCACACCAUGUACAAGGCAAACUACUUCCAGCCUUUUGAUCCCUACCUGGACUGCUUUAUGCUCUUCCACCCUGGUCUAGGACACCCCGCCAGCUCACACGAGUGGCAGGAAACCCUUCCUCAAUUGCUUGAGACCAAGGUCCCCAUUAUCUGCACCGGUUACACACAGUGGGAUAUGGACCGCGAUAUCAACUGGGUGAAGGAGAAGUGUGCUGGUGAAUUUGAUAUGCUGCUCGAGCCUGGUGAGAAUAUUUUCCGCAGUUUGCGUUGGGAUUUGAAUGAUCUUGACCCGCAUGAUGUAUCAUGUGGUAACUGGGGUGUUUGGGCAUUCCGAGGCAAGAGAUACGAAGCCACUUUCAAGAGCGAAUAA